CGAAUUGUUGCCACCACCAACCGAUAGCAACAACAAAAACAGGUUUUCCAAUUGGACAUCAAAUAAACUCCACCAAAAAACCAAGUAAAAUUCCGGAAUGGAGCCCAUAUCACAGCUAGUAAAGACGACUUUGCCCAACUAUUUGUCGGGUUUGCCGGUUCCUGACAGCUUCGGCGGCUGGUUCAAGCUCUCCUUCAAGGACUGCCUAGCCCUGAUCCCGCCCACCCUUGUGGUCGCCGGCAUUGGGUACACCAGUUAUCUGGCCUUUUGUCCCGCGGCAAGGAAACGGUGCCAGGCCAAAAACAGCGGACGCUGCAACAACCAAAUCCGGAAGCACGAGCCCAAGGUGGUGGACAUGAUCGAUGUGGAGGAUAUUGCAGAGAAGGCCGCCUUCUGUCGCUGCUGGAAGACCAAGAACUGGCCCUACUGCGAUGGCAGCCAUGCCGAGCACAACAAGCAGACCGGCGACAACGUGGGACCCGUCGUGAUCAAGAAGUAAAGACCAUGUGCCCCGGGUACAUAUAGCAUUUCCUUUUAUUCAAAUCUUUCUUCGAGCUUCUCCUUUGCUUUUAGAACAAAGUUUAAACGGUUUUGAACUUGUUUCGAAAUAUAUUUCUGUUGUCACAGACACCCCCUUGUAUAAUUGUUAAGCAUUAAUUGAUGAUAUUCAUGGAUUAAGUCUAUAAAAAGCCAAUAAAGUUGCCUACAACAUUGAAUUUA